CUGCACUUCACUCGCUUUGACAGAAACGCUAAAGCCUUUGAACAUUACCAUCUGUUCAGCUCUGUUUGUUUUUGUACAAGUUUCCCCCCGAAACGCGGUAGAGAAAAUGACAGAGCUGCGGCACCGCGGUGGUAUUACUGAACCGGACCUGCCGCAGCAGCAGUCCGAGGACAAGGGUUCAGAGGCGGAGGACAGGAUGGAGAAAGAAGGCGGAGUGUCAGACAGCGAGUCCAAGCCCGACUCCGGUGUACCCGACGUUCCCACAACCUCCGACGACACCCCCGAGGUGCUGAACAAAGCCCUGUCAGGCCUGUCGUCACGGUGGAAGAACUGGUGGGUGAGAGGAAUCCUCACCCUGGCCAUGAUCUCCUUCUUCUUCUUCAUCAUUUAUCUCGGCCCGAUUGUGCUGAUGAUGAUCGUGCUGUGCGUGCAGAUAAAGUGUUUCCAUGAGAUCAUCACCAUCGGGUACAGCGUGUAUCACUCCUACGACCUGCCCUGGUUCAGGACGCUCAGCUGGUACUUCCUGUUGUGUGUGAACUACUUCUUCUAUGGUGAGACGGUGACCGAUUCCUUCUUCACGCUGGUGCAGAGGGAGGAGCCGCUGAGGAUUCUCAGCAAAUACCAUCGCUUCAUCUCUUUCGCCCUCUAUCUCUCCGGGUUCUGCAUGUUCGUAUUGAGCUUGGUGAAGAAGCACUACCGGCUGCAGUUCUAUAUGUUCGGUUGGACCCACGUGACUCUGCUGAUCGUGGUCACUCAGUCCCAUCUCAUCAUCCACAACCUGUUUGAAGGCAUGAUCUGGUUUAUCGUACCCAUCUCCUGCGUGAUCUGUAAUGACAUCAUGGCCUACAUGUUUGGAUUCUUCUUUGGCCGAACUCCUCUCAUCAAGCUGUCUCCUAAAAAGACCUGGGAAGGAUUUAUCGGGGGAUUUUUCGCCACCAUAGUGUUCGGAAUCCUGUUGUCCUAUGUGAUGUCAGGAUAUCGUUACUUUGUGUGUCCAGUGGAGUUUAAUAACGACUCGAACAGUUUCACGGUGUACUGCGAGCCCUCAGAGCUCUUCCAGCUGCAGGACUACACACUCCCCUCUGUCCUGCAGUCCUUCACUGGCUGGACCACGGUGAAGCUCUACCCGUUCCAGAUCCACAGCAUCGCCCUGUCCAGCUUCGCCUCCAUCAUGGGCCCCUUCGGAGGAUUCUUCGCCAGCGGGUUCAAGAGGGCCUUCAAGAUUAAGGACUUCGCCAACACCAUCCCUGGUCAUGGAGGAAUUAUGGAUCGCUUCGACUGUCAGUACCUCAUGGCCACCUUCGUCAACGUUUACAUCGCCAGCUUCAUCAGAGGUCCGAACCCAACUAAAGUGAUCCAGCAGUUGCUCGCCCUGAGACCGGACCAGCAGCUGUACAUCUACAACUCUCUGAAAGCCCACCUCACCGAGAGAGGCCUGCUCGGGGUGCUGGAGGAGGCGGCCUAAACCCUGAACCUGCACUGAAACCAGACGGAGCCCUGAGAGCCAGAGAGAGAGAGAGCGAGGGAGAGAGCGAGAGCAGGAGAGUCAGGGGGUCAUGGGGUCACGGAGUCAGCCUGGAGCAGGAGCCGUGUGGAGGUGGGAGACACGAAGAUCCAGAUCAGGAAAAAGAAAAAAAAAACUAAACUAAAGCCUUGGGUCAUUCCAUUUUGUGUGUGUGUGUGAGUGUGUGUGAGUGUGUGUGAGUGUGUGUGAGUGUGUGUGAGUGUGUGUGAGUGUGUGUGAGUGUGUGUGAGUGUGUGUGAGUGUGUGUGAGUUAAGAAAGAGAGUGUGUGUUAGCAUUUAGUCAGUGUUUAUUAUUAUUACUGGGUUGUUGUUUUUUUUUUGUAAGUGAUAUACUGUACGUUUUUUCUUUUAUACCAGAUAAGAUGAAUAUUAUACUCAGAGUGACACGUCCUACAUUUUCUUCCAUUGUGAGUCUCGCACACGUGUAAAGUUUAUCUGAUAUCUGUGUUGUGAAUAUUUUAGGGUAUAUAUACAUUAUAUAUAUAUAUUAUAUUAUAUUAUAAUGAUUAUAAUUCUACUUAGGGUACAGAUGUUUAUGUAUUUUAUUUAGUUUUUAAUGCUCUGCUCUGCUCGCAGCACUGUUAAUUCGACCUCACGUGUAGUUUUACACGCGCGAUCAUGUCCUGGGGAGAAGACGCAGGUUUGGUUCCGUCUUAUUUUCCCUGGCGGUCAUUUUGGAAGUGGUUUCAUCGUCGUAAAGACGUUAAUGGAACAGUGAGGGGUUUUAAGCGGUAAAGGAUUAACGGAACAGUAAAACACACGUAUAGUAGAUAAGGCAGGAUAUGUUUGGUGUGUGACGUUUGUGUAGCUAACAAGUAAUUAUUAUGGAAUGAAACACGACCGGGUGUGAUGUUAGGAAAGUAACCCCCAGCUGGUAUAGUGUGAUGUGAUGUUGGUUAUCUUCCCCUAACAGCACGUCCUGAUGUGCUCUAUUCCUCUUACACCACAGCGAUUUCCCAACAGCUACCUUUCUCAUUCAUUAAAAAUAGACACGUGCAUUUUCCCGUUUGUAUUCACAUUCAGCGCUGUUGGAAACGAGAUAUCUCCUGUUCUCACUUACGUUCUAGCAGCUCUAAACUCGUUCCCUCACUCGUGCCCCCUCUUUAUUUCUCUCUCUUUCUCCUGAAGUCAAUAAGACAAAAAAGAAAAGCACAGCUUGACGCGUCGCCAAGAAACCGCAACGAAGCGUAAACUCCCGUUACAGAGAGCUGACACUGGAGACUCCUUCCAUAAAUGUCACAAAAACACAUUUGUCCUUACGGGAAACUUACAGCAACAGAUCAACGACUACACGUUUUUCAGUGUAUGUGGAGCAACACACUCACUUCACGAGCCAAUCGUUUGGGGGAAACGAAACAAAACCCCGUGAAUCACCCGCGUGUUUAAUCUUUAGGCCACGCCUCCUGGCGCAGAGUGACAUCACAAACUACGGGUCGAGGAAGAACGUUUUUCUUGGUUUUGAGCAUUUUUAUAGAUGAACUCAUGCCUAAAAUCGUCCCCGGUGUGUUCUUUCUCCUGUACAAAGCUAACAAAUCGAUCUAAACACCAAACAUGUCUUGCCCUUAAUUAUGUCCUGGGAAUGAAUAUAGAGUGAUCUCAAUAUAAACCUGUAGACGCAUUUUUAAAGAUACUUUUACUCUCGGAUGCACCGUAUGUCUGUCUGCGUGCUGUGCUCUUCAUCUGGACGUGUUCAGUAUUAGCUUAGCGCUCUGAUAAUCACUGCGUUCGCCAUGAACCGGAACGUCCUCGUGGGGUUUUUUUUUGUUGUUGUUGUUGUUGUUGUUUUUUUUGGCUUUUCCCCUUGCACCCUCCCACGUGUCGCAUUUGAUUGUUACAGCCGCUGAUGUGUGAUGCGGUCGAGUAGGUCACGCGACGUUUUUGUGUUUACUUGUGUUGUAUCAGUGAUCCGUGUAGACACUGGUUUAAACGUCUGUGGUAUAUAUCCAGGAGAAAAAGAAGGUCAGCAGUGCAAUAACUCAUCACUGAACGCUCUACUUCUGUGCCUCACAUCUCUCAUGUUAUAGUGUUUGGGUUUUUUUUUCUUCUUCACACGUCUGUGCUGCCAUUCACAACAUUUCUGUCGUGUGCCACUUUCACUCCUGUUACAUUUUCAACGCGGGUCAUGUUUCCGUUCUGGCGGUUUUCUAGCGUGAUUUACUAAGUUGUUUUCAUUUAUUAUGAACGCAAACUGCGAUAGGAUUCAUUCUUUUUGCGUCCGCGGCAAGGCGAGCGGCUACGCUCUUCAUCACGGACACCGAAUCUGAUCCGGCCGAACUGUUAGACAGUCAACACAUAAUGUGAUCGGAAGUCAUUUGUCGCACUUGCGGAGCACGAUCCGGAACACUGUCCGCUAAAUUCUUCAUCGAGGUUACGGAACGCGAUCGGUGAAAUUCUUUAUCAUGAAUGCAGAAUGUGAUGGGGAAAAUUCUUUGUAGUAAAUAAACAAACAAACAAACAGAUAAAUAAAUAAAAGUUCUGACUGCAGAAUGCGAUUGGAUGAAUGUUUUGAUCCAAUCGCAACAAUGAACGUGAUCCGAGUUUGUCCCGUGAUGGUAAAACGUGACCGGCUACGAUCUUUUAUCGUGAACGCGAUUGGCUACGUGUCUGAACAUGGGAUACGAUCGGCCAUUCUCUUCGUCGUGAAAAAACAUUAAAGAAGAAAACGAAUUCUUUGUUGGUCGCGAUGGAGAUCUGCGAUCGGCUAAGAUCCUUAUCCACUCGGGGUACGAAAGCUGUCUGUGCCCAGCUCGUUCAAUUUAAUCUGAACUGUAGACCGUUUAUCAGGAAACUUCCACGCUUUUUACCUUCUAGCUUUGAUAAACGGCCGAUUUAUGCCUUUACGACACGUUUCACGGUAAGAAUGUGACCGUUCAGCCGAGGACGAAGCCGGUCUCUCAGAUGUAGGCAAAAGGAAUCGUUUCUCUCACUUCUGUCCUGUUUGUACCCACAAUGCACUGCCAAGCACCAAAUAAAACUUCCAGCUACUGACGUUUCCAAUGAGAUGUUUGCGUUUUGAUUCCUCGAGUCCCAUUAAGAGUCCAAUCAUAAUGAUGAAUUAAAUCUGUCCAUUUUCUUGGGCGGGGUCAUGUAGAUGAACUCGGAGGUCCAAGCAUGUGGAAAUUCUCAGUGGAGUAUGGUAUGCAGAAUGUAAUUACUCGGUAAUAUCCGUAAAUCAUGCCGCGCUCCGAAGCCGUAUACCUUCAUGACGUCAUCGUGACCCCAUCAUCACCUGUGUAACCCUGCAGGACCGUUCCCGUAUAAUUACUGAAGCAAUGUGUUUUUAUAGAGAAACUUUAAAAGCUAACAGUAGUACAGAGUGGAUAUAUAGAUAUAUAUUUGGAUAGAAAUGGAUUAUUCUAUUCUUAAUUAUGGAUAGAAUGUGUGUGUGUGUGUGUGUGUGUGUGUGUGUGUGCGUGCGUGCGUGCGUGCGUGUGUGUGUGGUGUUUGGUGAUAGAUCGAGGCUGUUCUCAGGCUUGUUGAUUGAUUUGAUUUGAUUUUCCAGCUCGACUUUAUAGACUUCUGAGGGUUAAAAAAACCCCCAAAAAAUCAUCAUAAACGUUUAAUUGUUUGGGAUUUAUUUCCGAAUGACACACAGAAAGGCACAUGCCUGGAUCAUUAAUGCUCAGAAAGGCCACAAGAGGGCGAUAAAGCUCAGUCCUUCCUCACACUGAAGUCCAUGUUUUAAGCCCAAAACCACUCGAAUCACCAUCUAGUGACAAUUCUGGAGUGUUCCAUUUACUAACCAGGUGCCAUCUGCACUGAUUUACUUCUUGAUGCUAUUAUUAAUUACACUGGCGUUUUAUUGAUCUAUUUCACCAAAAUCCACCCUGUUCACUACCCAGUGCCCUGUUUAUUUCUAAACCAUCCAAACUACGCCUUGAGAAACCCUUGAAGAACCCUUUUGAUGGAAUCCUGUACGUCACUUCCAAGAAGACGGUUUCUAAAACUUCUCAAACAAGAAACCUUCUGGUGUAGAGUUCUGAAUAGACCCUGUGAGGGUUCCACCGUAAGGACAGAACUGCAGUGCUUGCACAGCCUUAACAUUACUCAAAUCCAGAACCUAGGGUUUUUGGUCGUCCGUGUGGAGAACCCUUUGAAGGUUUUGCAUCGAAUUCUACUAUCAGAAACAUUUUCAAACUAGAACCCUUUCAGGAAGAAAAUAAGCAUUGGAGAACCCCUGAAGAGCAUUUAUACAAGUGUAGGAACACUUUUAGGACAAGCAGAUAAUAAGUCUGUACAGAGCUAGGUGGAACCAUUUUCUCUAAAACGGUAGUACUUGUAUGGUCUUAGAAAAAGAGCUUAAAUCCAGAACACUCGAGGGAUUCUGAUUGUCCAUGGGGGGAAAUCUAGAACAGUUUUAGGAAGCAAAGAACCACUGAAGAACAUUUUCUAAAAAUAUAAGCAUUUAUAUGCAUACAAGACAAAUAAGUCUAAAGGGAGCGAGGUGGAACCCCCCCCCCCCCCCCCCCCAAAUCUCAAAGAACCAAAGAACCUCUAAGGGUUCUUUGUUUGUCCUUUUAGGUGGAACCUUUGAAGGAUUUAAACAGAACUUUACAACAGUGUACACGAGAGAGGGUUUCAAACUCAAACUAAUUUAGGAAGCAAGGAACCCAUUAAGGAACCCUGAAAGAGCACUUCAAAGAGUGUAAGGUUUUACCCAGAUGUUUUAAGGUUUCCCCUAGAGGGCCAAACCAAACAUACCGGGUGCUAGGUUGAACCUCUCUUGCAUGGAAACAAUGUAACGUGAUGAGGCGGAAUACCCACAAUGCACCAUGUAGUGAAUAUUGUCUGGUCUGGGACACACACUGGGAGUUCUGCCCUGGUUAAGGGCGCUAUCUUUUUGAAUGGGCACUAUUUUGGAACCGUCUUGUACAGUUUUAGAAAGGGGAAAAAGUCCAGUCUCAAACGCUUAAAGGUCCUUUGAUUCGUCCCUUUUUAACGUUAACCUUUGAACGUUUUUCGGACCCAUGACUAUACGAAGAAGAACCCCUUGAAGAACCGUUCUAAGAAUGUAUGAAUGUUUUAAGGGUUCCCUGAACAGGACAAACCAAAUAACGCUAGGAUGCUGGGUAGAACGUUAUUUUAUUCUCAAAGCAAUGUGUGCUAACGGGACAGAAGAUCCACAAUGCAUCAUUCCAUGUAGGUGGAACAUGUAGGGAAUAGGGUGUGAUUUGGGACAAUAACCGAGAACUGAUUUACAUCUGUGAGAACAGUUACUUUUUUCUGUUGGAUUAUUAUUAUUAUUAUUAUUAUUAUUGUUAUUAUUAUUAUUAUUAUUAUUGUGCUCUGUGUUUCUGUUGUUGUUUUUUUUUUAAUGCAGUGAUACAUGUGCUCUUCCACAAUCCUGUGCAUUUGUAUUACAGCCAAUAAAAUGGAACGUUAAGUG